CCCUUUGGUACUUUAACAAUAUAAAUUCAUUAUUAUAGAAAAUUAGGAUAAGAAAAACAUAAAAACACAAAUAAACUCGAUAUUGUGGAUUGAUACUACAAAGUCAAAUGUGUUGUUUUGGAAUCUGUCCAGAGGGCUUUGGGAAUUGAUUGCCUUCUCAGUGAGGACACAUGUUCCGCUUUUUCAUCUAGUUCACUGAGCAUUUCGCAUUGCAUCAAGCUUGAUGCAAAAUCCAAAUGCCCUCCAGGAAUUUACCAUUGGGGUGUUGAUAUAUUAUCUCGACAUGCUGCAGAUGGACAUACUCGAGGAAAACUCUUUCAGGUUGAUACCAACAACCGGACAACCAUAUUAUUUGCUAAUUCGCAUUUGUCACUUGCCUGGAAUUAUUUCUUUUUGGGCCAAUUCUAUAAAAACAAUGAUGGUUUACAUCAUUAAAUAACUAGCCGUCGCUGUAACAGGAUAGUGUUAGAAAACUUGUGCUCAAACAGAUGGUCAACGGCGUUUCCUCCACUAAUUUGUAUAAAAUCUACUGACCAUCAUAGAAAAGAGAGUGGUUAUGGAUAAGUUUUUUAUGCCUGUUCAAAACCCUUCCACUCUUGAUGAGAUUAAGCCAAGGGGAGAUCAUCAUCAUCAUCAUUUCCACCAUCAUCAAGACCCUCAUUCACACAGAUACACAAUGUUGGAUGAUAAGGACAAAAAUCCAAGUACAAUCCAUGGAAAUUUUCACCUCCGUCAUCAGAGUCACUACAAUAAUGACGGCCCUCAUUAUGAUGCUCAUCAUCAUCAAACACCGCAGCCAUUUAUGCAGAGAGAAGAUAACAUUCAAUACAACCAACACACCCCUGUGACUCUCUCUCGAGCCUCAUCCUCCUCUUUUUCUUCCUCUUCUUCUUCCUGCUCUACGUCCUCAUGGUUCACAGAGGAGAGUACAAACGAUUCUCUUUCUCUUCAUCAUGCCAUGCGGCCACAGCACUCUCUGUCUUGUUCUAACAUCCUAGAUGUGCGCAGAGAUUAUCAAGAAAAUGACCAGGACGAACCUAUUGUCUUUGCCACAGUUAAACAUGGCCCAAAUUCCAAUCUUUUGCACAGGACAAAUGGAAGCUCGCAACAUAGCAGCAACCGUGUUUCAUCUCUUGACCGUGGCCACAGCAGAAGUGAAGAAGGUCUACUGCAGGGUAAUAAAACUGGUCCCAGAGGAGACUCCAGGGUUUCACACAUUAAUGGACUUCUGUAUAAAACAGCUAGUCUAAACCGAUCACUGGCCUUUAGUGAAGAGGACAUUCUCCUCGGGGUCUCCAGAGGCCCGAAGAGAGCUGUGUCCUCCAGUCAGCUUCCCAGCAAAGGAAUCCUUAAAAACAAGGAACCUUCGACUGACAUCCGCAAGACAAAGUCCAUGGAGGUACUGACACCAAAGGGCAAAGGAGACACCCAAGGUGAGAUACAACAAGUGAGGUCUGAAUUUGUGCAAGCCAAGUUGCAGUUCUCAGCUUUUCUGGAUGAAAUAACAAAACAGGUUAUGAGUCCAUCAGAUCUCACGGUCUUUGGUGUUAACAUAACAAAAAAAGCAGAAAUGAGCCCUGCCCAUUCUCCACGCAGAGCUAAUCCAGUCACACCACAGCUGCCACCCAAGAAACACAGAGAGAGUUCAGGAGAGGAAAAAGAUCGCAAACAGCACCACAGCCAGGAUAAAGUUUCCUCCUGUACCGCAUCAACACACUCAGACUGCGCCAAUCCUGACAAAGUGAUCGCUUAUGCAGCCAGAAAUCCCCAUGGAUGUUCUCCACCUCACCCACCUCACCCAUCUAGCCAUACCAUAAAGCGUGGAGACAGCCAGAAAAACCAAAGACCAUCACCCAGUGGAGAUUUUGUGUCAAAUGACAGGUUUGGUAGGUCUGCUCAUUACUUUACUGAUGGCACCAGCACCAGUCCUGAACUCUGUCAACCUAAAAAACGUCAUCCCCAUAAACAGCACCACACUGGCUCCCACUCCCACUUUCCCAGACAGCCCCAAGAAUACGGGCAUCAGCAGGAGCAGCCGGCCUCUGGACACCCAGGACCCUCCAGCUCUUCAUCGUCAUCAGCCCAAAAUGUAAGCGUUGGCCUUGGAUCUGAGUCUUUGGCCCAAUCUGAUUCAUUCAGAGUCAGAGACACAACAUUCACAGCCACCAGUCAUAGUUCAGACAAGGCCGGUGGUCGAUGUUUGCAGCAUAUGGGAUACAGAGACACAGUGUUUGAUGUGGACCAUCUUCGGGCACUGCAGGAGGAGAAUGCAGAUCUUCAACAAAACCUGCUGCAGACAGUGGUUUGCAUUGAGAGCCUGGAAGUGGAGCUGCAGAGAUGCAGGGACGAGCUGAGUCAGGUCAAGGAAAAAUAUAAAAGUCUUCUUGAGACCCACACUGGGACCAAGGAGGCUAAUAACCAACUGGGGAAACAGCUCCAGGUAGCGUCUGAAAGCCUGAGCAGUGAGAGGAAGUUUCUCCUAAACCGUGUGUCUCAGAUGAGUUCGGAGUUAGAGGACGCCCACAGAACUAUCGCUGCUCUGGAGAGUAUCAAUGUGCCAUGUUUAAUCAAAGAUAUACUGGAGAAACACUUAAACUCAGCUGAGGCCCUGCAGAGGUUUUUGACUGUCCCUGCAUCAAACAGUGGCUCUGCCUCCUCUCCACAACCCCUCUCUCCAAAAAUGGAAGAAGUUACACAUGACUGGCUGACAAACACAGAGGCAGGGCCACAGAGGGUCACUGCUUUUGUGCCGUUUAAGCAGGGGUCGCCAACAACGACAACAACAACUGAAGCCAACCUCCCAAGUCAACAGGAGUCGAGCAACAGUCCAUUUAUUUCCACAGCUGACAUCAGCCCUGUCCUGUCUAAGAAAAUGGCUGGUGUUCAUACUGCCAGACCUCAACCUGUCUACCCUCAAAACCUACAGCAGUCUCCCCUGGGCCCUAAGCAGAGUGACACCAAGUCAAAUCUUCAACAGGUUGCUGCGGUCAGUGACUGCUGGUGUGGAAAGGGAGGAGUAAAUGGAGCACUUUUAGAGCACAACCUUGUGGAUGUGACCUCUGUGUCAGCACAGCAGAUCUUGGAUGAGUUCAUGCAGCAGCUGCAGGCUCAUAAUAAUGUGGGUGGAGGGACGGAGCUGCAGGUCCGGGAAGAGUGGGUGGAAGGAGUGAAACCAACAGCUGAAGAGGCAGACUGAAAAGGCAGUAUGUUGGAAGUAGAUUUAUGUUUA